GCUCCUCCCAUGAGGAUGACAAGCCUCCCAAUCCUGUCAGCUUCAACUUUAUGGUACCAAAGAAGGAGAUCAGUAUGGUGCCUGAUAUGGGCAAAUGGAAAAGAUCCCAGACGAGCGGCAUUAUAAUGGAUUAAAUCUGCGGCUGCCGUUGACGAUGCAGCACGGUGGAUGCACUUCGGAGCGCUUGAGUUGAUCACCUGCAUGUACUGGACAGGCAUAUGCAGACUAUAUGGGAUUCAUUCUGACCCUAAAUGAAGGUGUGAAGGGAAAGAAACUUACAUGUGAUUACCAGGUGUCCGAGACAGUGGAGAAGUUGCUUGCUGUUUUGGGAACAUUAGAUCGCUGGAUCGACGAGACGCCACCAGUGGACCAGCCUUCUCGCUUUGGCAAUAAAGCCUUCCGUACCUGGUGUUCCAAGCUAGACCAGGAGGCUGAGGCUCUGGUCACUUCUGUUCUCCCAUCAGACCGUCAUGAUGCUGCUCCAGAGAUAGCUGUGUACCUGAAAGAGUCUGUCGGCAACUCCACCAGAAUUGACUAUGGCACAGGUCACGAGGCUGCGUUUGCUGCAUUCCUCUGCUGUCUUUGUAAGGUGGGAGCUCUGCGCAUAGAGGACCAACUGGCCAUCGUAUUUAAAGUGUUUGACAAGUAUCUGCGAGUGAUGCGCAAACUGCAGAAAACAUACAGGAUGGAGCCAGCGGGGAGCCAGGGCGUGUGGGGUCUUGACGACUUUCAGUUUCUUCCCUUUAUAUGGGGCAGUUCACAGCUUAUAGACCACCCAACCCUGGAGCCCAGGCACUUUGCGGAGGAGAAGUUUGUAAACGAGUAUCACCAAGACUACAUGUUUCUGGAGUGCAUUAAAUUCAUCAAUGAGAUGAAAACAGGCCCCUUUGCCGAACACUCUAACCAGCUUUGGAACAUCAGUGCUGUUCCUUCCUGGUCCAAAGUCAAUCAAGGUCUCAUACGAAUGUACAAAGCGGAAUGUCUAGAAAAAUUCCCAGUCAUCCAGCAUUUCAAGUUUGGCAGCCUGCUCUCUAUUCAGCCAGUCAAACCAUAAGUGACAACAAAAAGAAUCCACACCUUGUCAGAGAACACAACCAAACCUCCAACUUCGACGAAACUGCUUCAUACCACCCAACCCCCGUUAACAAACCUUAAUAUGCAUCCUCUACACCAGAGGUGGUCAGUUUUGCUCCUGUAGAUCUACUUUCCUGUAGAGUUCUGUUCCAAUCCUGCCUCUAAUACAUAUUAUUCAUGUGGACCUUGAUUAUGUGGUUCAUGAGUGUUUUAGUUGCUCUAUAGGAAAUUCUAACUUCUUAACUCUACAGGAAGGUAAAUAUCCAGAAGCAGGAUUAACAUUUCCUACUCAACACAAUCUGCUAGAUGUGUAUUUGACAGAAAUCCCACAUCUGAUGGUCACAUCACUAACUUUCGCUUAUUUGAUGCAAUUUGUCUCUAUGGUUUUAUUUGUCUACUCCCUGCAAGCAAGUUGAACUGCUCCUCAGACCCAUGCAGUGAGCACCUUUGAUGCAGUUAUGCACAUAUUUUCAUUUGGAUUGGCAUUUAUAUUUAUUUGUGUAUAUAAAGAACAGAGCUUGUCACAAUGAGGCUUGGUGUUGGUUUAAUGUACAGGUUUUCAUUGCCUGUGUGCAAAAGAUCGGUAGCCAAUGAACAAUGAUGUGUGUUUGUGAAGCAGCGUAUAAAAACGUACAUCUAGUGAA